AUGUCGGACUGCGAUACGCCGAGACAUACCGCGACGAUUGCCGGCUACGAUUUCGUCGACUACGAGGACGCCGGUCAUAUCAGUAAGGCGGGUUCAUCCAGUCCGACGAACGAGUUCGAAGAGUCACUGCAGGCGAUGUCCGAUAUUUACGGACAAACGCCACCCAGAACUCGUCACAGCCGCAAGAAAAAGCACACGAAGUAUAAACUGACCGGCAGUGAUAUUAAGUCGGUAGAAAAAGAAACCCGACCAAGGGCAGCAAUUCGUAGGCGUAAUACCUUGGACACUAUCAUUUUUAAUGAGAUGUGCGACAAAGCCGAUAAAGAUCGUGAGAAUGAAGCAAAGGAUGAUGCGAAGGAGGGUAGCAGAAAGUGUAAGAGAAAUUUGAAGCUAUUACGCGGCAAUGAAAGAGACUUAAAACUCGAUGUGGAGGCUGCUUACAAUUAUGCCGAGAAGCACGAGCAUAUGACAGUAUCGACCCCGAAUCAAAUAAAGAUUGAGACUAGAAAUAGAUUUCGUUGCUUGAGAUCCAAGCCUGUAGACGUGGAAGAAAAGAAAGUGGAAAUCUGUAUUCAAAGUGGGGUAAUAAAUGAAGAGAAUCUAAAUGUGCACUCACCAAGGGCACAGAGUCUCAAUGAAAGACAGAUAUUUCACGACACGUUUUCCUUUUUAAUUAAAUUGGGAAGCACAGAGCGGAAUUGUCGUCGUCAGAUGAGUCAUGAGGAAACUAGAUGGCAAAAUGAAUUAAAGGAUCUUAUAUGGUUAGAGCUGCAGGCACAUCAUGCCGAUCGCAGUCCGAUGGCACAGGACGAACAUCUGUGUCGUCAACGCGAAGCAGUAGAAGGUCUGCUUACAGAAAUAAUGGAGUAUAGAUACGACCCCAUCGCGGGAAUGUACGAGGUAGGCUCGAGUUGCAUCAGCCCUGGUGACGUUACCAAUGAACGACUCGCGAAUCUCGGUUCGAGUCCAAAUAUCGAGUUGGGCGUGUGCCCAGGUUGUCUCUCCAUGUUCUGCCGUGCGUGCGCGCGUGCACAGGGGGAAGCAUUGCAGCAGGUGGAAAGUUUAUUGGGCCGCUUGGAAGCUGCCGAGGCCUUGUAUCCAUCGUCCCAGGCAUUUGCCGCUAAUUAUCCGUUGUAUAAGAGCGCCGAGUUCACCGACAGAGUGAAAGCUAUGUGUCUUUGGUAUAACAUGACGAAACAUCAUCGGCUUAAAUUACAAAUACUGGGCAGACUGCUCAUGAUGUUACACAGCAAAAAGAAACAAGAAGAAGUUACCGAUUCUGGUAUCAGUUCGCGCUCUUCAGAUACCGUCGAUUCUACUGAGCAGCGACAAUCCACGGUUCGAUUUGAAAUACCUCAGCAGGACGAAACUUCUAGUCCCUCCGACAGCAAUAAUAGUAAUAAUUCCUCAAUUGGGUGUUUAUCGUUUGGACAAUCAUUGCCUCCUACACCUGAGAUCUCGUGCUCCUACAUCGAGGAUGAAAGAAUCGAGCGGCUUGAUUUUUACUUAGUCGAAUUCGAUCGAUACGCUUACAGGUUGUAUAUUGAGGAUGUGCUGAAAACUAGAGGUCUCAGGAAAAGUCUAAACUUCCUGGAACGAUUGCAUACAUCUGUCUUGCGAAAGGCAAGAUUAACUUUAGAGAAAAAUGACUGUGAGGGAUGUGAUAACAGCUCGAAUGAAGAGUACGAAGGUGACAAAGAGUUACGACGCUACGGCGUUUGGAGUUCCGAGGCGAAGGAAUUGAACUUACCGUCGUACAGGGCAGCUUUCGUAUUUCUGUCGCGUGUACCGUUAGACGUGGUGCAUGAAUUUCUGAGAAUGAGAUUGGAGCAGAAGCCAGUGCAACCGAGUCCGUUAUCGGUUCGGCAACUCAUGCGGGAGCUCCGCGAGGGUCUGAGGAUUGCUUGCAUCCAUCGAGACAGGUUUGCUGCGCACUCUCGCGCUGCCAUUGCUAGCGGCGAGACCAGUUGUGAGAGUCUGUUCGAGCAAGAUGUCAAGUACUUUGACGAGAGUUUGAGAGCUGUGUUCGAGGUAUAUCUGGACUACUUGCGGCAGUGGGUAGACAUGGUGCAGCACGACAGCUUUCAUAAGAACUUGAUUAUGGACGAGUGGUUAUUUGUAAAGUCUAUCGCUGCUAACAUAAACGAUGGAUUCAAGAUCGCCGGUGUAAAAUUCUGUGAGAUCGCUCGGAUGAUGAUCAAGCAAGUCAAUGAAUUUCUCGUGGAACGACCUCGUGAGAUUCGAGAAAACGCGGAAGAGAAGGAUGACGAAUUGUCAUGCAAUGAGACGUGGUUCAGAUUUCAUCUGAUGUUUGUGGGCCGUGAGUGGCAGGGAAUGUUCGUCGAGGCUCGGGAAAAAGUUGUGAAGAGUAUCAAUCUAGCCAAGUGUGUGAAGCGCGAUAUUGAGAAAUGGCCGGCUCUCGAUCAAGAAUUGCAGGAAUCGUUGACGUUAUUGAAGAAUACAGCUUUGGGUCUGAGGGACCGUAUAAUAGUGGUGAUCGAGGAUUUCCAGCAGGAGGCCGACGAGGUAGAGCAGUCGUACACCGAGACCGAUCAAUCGGCGGCCAUACGAUCGAGGAUUCGCGAGAAUCUCCAUCAGGCUUAUAGAAUGGGUUUCGAUUAUCAUAAAGAAAUGUGCAUGCUAUUCGCGCGGGAAGAGAAAACUCUUUUAGCGCGGGAUUUAGUAUGGUUUGCGCGUUUGUGGAUGGAGUUUGUGAGAACGCGAUGCGAGCGUGGCCGCGGCUUGAGACCUAGAUGGGCGAAUCAGGGUCUAGAGUUUCUAAUAACAGUGUGCGAACCCCACUAUACGAAACAUAUCACCGAUCAGGAAUUUGAGGAGCUGAAAACUUGCAUGGAUCGUUGUAUAUCUCAUGUGGUGGGGACUGUGUCGGCAUCAUAUGCAUCCACAGAGACAGAAGGAGUUAUUUCAAAAAAGCUACCCCGAUCGAGAGCCUCGUCGCCGUCUCACUGUCGCAGUAGAACCGCGAGUUUCAGUCUCUCUCAAAAACCGCGGGAUGCUCUGAGAUCGCCCGAGAUAUUCAUUAAUGCAAGGAAAAGUGGUUCGCCGAAUGUGGAUGGAAAUCUCGCAGUGAUAAUAAAUGCAUCUGAGCGAGGUACGCUAAGGCACGAAAGAGUCGUCCGUGCUAUCAGGAAGGUGGAGAACGAGCUCGAUGAAAGGUUACGGAAUCGAGAACUCAUCGGACAAAUCAUCGACAGAAAGUCAGUGGACAGAGUACGCGUUAAGGCGAGAAGAGUAACCUUUACGUGGCAACGGGGUAUCAAAAUAGGUCAAGGGAGAUUCGGUAAAGUAUACACUGUGGUCAACAAUCAAACUGGUGAAUUGUUGGCCAUGAAGGAAGUACAGCUGCAACCUGGUGACCACAGGGCGAUUAGACGUGUUGCCGAGGAAUUACAAAUAUUCGAGGGAAUUCAGCAUCAACAUUUAGUGCAAUAUUAUGGACUAGAAAUUCACCGUGAAGAGAUGUUGAUUUUUAUGGAAUUUUGCGCGGAGGGUACACUGGAGAGCUUGGUGGCGGGUAGUGGCAAUGGAUUGCCGGAACCUUCGGUGAGAAAGUAUACUCGUCAGCUUCUUACGGCCGUGGCGUCACUGCACUUUCACGGAAUAGUUCAUCGAGAUAUCAAAACUGCAAAUAUUUUUCUAACGGAUGAAGGCAAUUGUCUGAAGCUCGGUGAUUUUGGCAGCUCGGUGCAAAUCAAAGCGCAUACAACGAUGCCUGGGGAGCUUCAGGGUUUCGUUGGUACCCAAGCAUAUAUGGCGCCUGAAGUAUUCAUGAAGUCUGAAGGUAGUGGACACGGUAGAGCUGCCGAUAUCUGGUCGGUGGGUUGCUGUAUCGUCGAAAUGGCGAGCGGUCGACGACCCUGGUCGGAUUUCGAUUCGAAUUAUCAAAUCAUGUUUAAAGUCGGGAUGGGAGAGACGCCGACAAUUCCGACGAAACUUUCCAUGGAAGGUGUAGAUCUCGUAAUAAAAUGCCUCCAGCAUGAUCCGAAGAAAAGAGCGACCGCGAAUACUCUUCUCGCGCAUUCUUUCGCACAAACGUACGAGGACGUCAAUGCUGAUUUAGCGAUGCCGCGUUAUUGAGAGUCGUUCGGGAGAAUGUGUGAGUACCAUCCACAAAAUUUUAUUUCUCAAAAUUUUUUCUUCUCUAACGUACCGGUUUUCUUUAUUUAUCUUUCUUACGGAGAGGAGGAUUUUGCCUUUGUUAUGGAGGAUUUUGUCUUUGAAAUGCAGAGCUGCAUUUCGUUGUACUUUAGGAAUUGUCUUAGAAUUGUGUUCCACACAAAAUGUAUCGUAGUGUAUUACAUUGAGACAUCAGUUGCCCCUUUGCUCUUUUAAGUGAUUCGAUUGUUAGUAUAUAUUUUCUUCUAUUUCGACAACAAUUGGUGUUCACAGAAAACUGCGCGGGGAAACGAGAAAUGUCUAAAAAUAUUUUAGAUACCGACGAAGUUAGUGUAAUGUGUAAUUAUAUUGUGAUCAUAUUAUUUACGGUGUAAUUAUAGAUACAGGUCGUCCCAGAAAACAUGUCCUCGUAAUCGCAAUUACUGAAUGCCAACAAAAUCACGGAGGUCUUUAGCAUUCUUUGAUAAAGAGGAAAUGCGAGUCUGGGAUAUUUUAUGCCUAUUGUAUGUGAUUUAAGGUAGCCAUGUUAUAACAAGCGAGCCUGGAUAUGCUAAAGGUUCUGAUGACGUUUUAGUGAAAUAUCGUUAGUUUAUCAUAGAUAAUCGCACGUACAGUCGAGUACGUUGGUCGAAUUUGGUCGAGUUUGGUCGUAUGAUAUAGAUAUUUAUAAGGAAUAUAUAAUCUUCGAGCACACAAGAAUAUAACACUCUGAGAAAUAGAAUAGAGAACGUUUACCUUUUCUCCCGUAUGUACAAUUUGCCAAUGUGCGUGCAUUUUAUUUAAGUAAAUCUAUGUAUAUAAUAUAUAUACAUGUAUCUUUGUAUAUAAAAUUUACAUAUAAAAAUGUUAUCCUUCGAAACAAUGGCUUACGUGUAGAAAGUGUGUGUUGCUGUACUAUUCAAAACGAUGAAUAUGCUAGUUCUAUCUGAAGAAAUUUGCGAGUCACCGUAUGUAUUGUAUAUUCCUUAUAAAUGUAUGGCUGAUAUACAAAGAGUACAAAGGCUAGAAGUAAGAUUCUCUCCACAUUCCGAGAAUUGUAUUCGCACUUCACACUUAGUAUUGAACGUGGCUGUUCAGUGCUCGUGUAUUACAUAUCGGAGAUGUAUCUCAGAUUGAAUAAGAUUCUGAUUUAGGUCGUGUUUAGUGCGAUUCUCAAAUGGAGAAGGUGGUUGAAGGUACUUUGGCAGCUUUGAGCGUGCGUGUGUUGUCUGUAUAAUAUAAUUGCUUCGUAGACGAAGCGAACAACUUGUUAUUGUGGAAUAGAUAUUCUAUUUUAAAUAAAAUGAUUGAAAAUAAGCAACGGACAACACGACUACUGGUACCGAUGGAAUUUAUUUUUGCACGAAGAAACGUACACAUUUUAUACAACAUACUUUCGACGUGAGUCAUUUACUUAGCAGAGGUAUGCUGUGUAUGUCUUCCGCGCGAGCGGAAAGCUGGAUGUAUUUACUUGUUUAUCUAUCGAAUGCUUCACGCACGAGAGUGAUUAAUUUGCGCCACGAUUCUUCAAAUUUUUUAUCGUAUACAAUCUUUCCUUUUUCCAUCAAAAGAAUGAAUUUUUGAUCCAACAUAUAUAUUAAUUCAGAACUUCUCGUAAUCGGCAAUUAGAAAUGCAAAUUAACUAACCAAGGAAUAUUUUAGUGAAUUUGCUCGAAAGGAUGUAACAACUUAAUUUGCCGAGAAACGAAAAGGACGAAAUUCAAAUUAUAGAUUGUCUAUGGGUAUUAUUUUUUACAUAUAGCUCUUUCAUAAAUUCAAAGUUUGUCUUGACUUUCCAGUUUACAGCUGGAUAUACUCACUUUUAUUUCUCGUCUAUAUUAUUAUUAAUCUGUGACCAGUCAAACGACAUAUUUCUCUUUUCCUCUAUAUUGAAUGAAGAAUCGAAAGCAAAAAGAAAUGCAAUAUUUUAUAAAGAACAAUAGCGAAAGUUUCCAAUAGCGUUAUAAUACAUUAGAAAAAAUUGAAAGUAAAAAAUAUUAAAUUUAUUGAACGA